CAACCUAACAACCGAAAAGGGUCCGACCCCAACGCCGGAACCAGCCCCUCAGUGCUCACCCACAACGAGAUCCUGCGCCACGUCUCGCUCUACUACCUGACGGAGACCUUCGCCUCCUCCGUGAUCAUCUACGCGCAGAACCCCAACGGCUUCAGCACGGUGUAUAGCAAGGCGCACACUGACGCGCCGCUGCUGUUCAGCGCGUUCAAGUACAAUGUGGGCUUCUGGCCGCCGGCGCUGGUUGCGCAGACGGGCAAUCUGGUGCUGUAUCGGAACCACGAACGCGGGGGUCAUUUCCCCGGGUUGGAUAAUCCGGUGGCGUUGGUGGAGGAUUUGAGGGAGAUUGGGAGUUAUUGGAGAUGA